UUGCUUGCGUGUGGGGCUAGGCUAGGCUGGAGUGUUAGUGUACAUGUAGAUGAGAAUGUAUUGGCAUAGCGCUGUGGUAUGCACGUCUGUUGUGUACAGUAAGUACCCUACACUUUUAUGACCACUGUGGGUGAACGGGGCGGUGUAAUCCCGAGCUCGCAGACGAAGUCCAAAUAAAGAAACUUAAGCAUCGGACAAUGGAGACUUCAUCUGUGCUGGCGGGCUGACCCCAAACACGACCCUUUUGUGGCAAGUGGAGCGUUGUAUAUCCACGGAAUCGAUCCAGCCGUCUAUCAAAGGAGGAAAAAAUUGAAUGUAAGUUACGCCGACGAACUCUUCAGUCUUCGCACAUUCACUCGGCAGAAUAAAGAACCAGGUGUGCACAGUGCACAUCUUGGUAAAUGGCCCAUGUAGUUCAUUCAGAGAACUGGCAUGCACUCUGUAGUUUGUCUUCGCCUAUAUAGUGCUCUGUUCCUCUGACGGAGAGUAACACAUUUUGAGAUUCAUACAACGCAGAAAGGUCCAUGACAAUGUGGGACUCCAAGCAGUUUCUGCAGGAGUGAGAUACACAGAGACUAAAGGAGAGGAAUUACUGUCGACCUGGCUCUGGGAACAUUGGUUAUUAUCGUGAUUUUGUGUGCCGAAGGAAUCGACGGUAUUCAGCACUAUGGGAGGCCGAGUGUUGAAACUUGUUGGUAGAAGUGGCAUGUCCGGAGUCGUCGGAGGCAAUGUGACCACGUUGUGGGCCGUUGUCUGUGCUAUCUACGUGGUAUGCUGCGGUAGCGUUUGUCUCGCCGACCGAGUUGUCAUAUCAUGCGACUUUCAGAAUGAACGAGCCUGCGGGUACACGCAGUCAUCCAACAAUGACUUCAAUUGGAUUCGUACCAAAGGUCACUCCCCUAGCUGGUACUCCGGUCCAUUGGCUGACCACACCUAUAACAACUCAUCAGGGUACUACAUCUAUGCUCCGUCGUCCUACAACGAUACUCAGAUUGGCCAGGUCGCUCGAUUCUCCUUCCCUGCUUACCAGUUGCGAGAAGGGCACGGCAGGCUCAGGUUUUUCUAUCACAUGUGGGACGGAUACGAACCCGACAAACUGGGCACGUUGACUGUCUACGCCUGUCAUGGUCUGCCACUGUGGUCGCGGGAGAGACGACAAAGGGACAUGUGGCUAGGGACAGGUGUCGUGGACAUCUUUUGCACCCAGCCCUUUCAGCUUAUAUUCGAAGCUGUUCGUGGUGGAUUUGACAGCGAUAUAGCAGUUGAUGACAUCAGGUUUAUGGAUGUGUACGAAUCCCCGUCCACAACAGCGCCACCAUCGACGACGACCAGAGAGACGCCGUCCACGACCCGUAAAGCAACAACUCGACGACCAACGCGCUCACCGCGGACUGAGCUGAAGUCUACCUCAGCUUCCACACUGGGACGUAUAAUCACCAACUCAACGCCCAAUAAAGAAAGGAAAACUGAUUUGGUCACGCCCCCAAUCACGUGGAUGGCAGGAUCACCGUCAGAUCCACCUGUGUGGACGGCCUUUGUUCUUGCUGGGGCUGUUGGAGGAGGGUUCGUCCUCUGUUUCAUGGCUUUCUUUGUUCUGUUCUUUUUCUGUCGACGAAGACGAAGAUCCAAGAAACGAUCGGCUGGUAUUUCUUACAACAUGGACAAUCUCACCUAUCCUCCUACCGGCUUAACGCCAUGUGGUCGUUGUGAUGCUUAUUACACUGCUCUGCAAACGACGAGAGGCGUGGAGCUUCAUCUGUACCAGGAGCUACACCAGCCAGCCAAACAGAUCAGCGAUAGCAGCAGCAGUACUACCAACGAAGCAGUGCACUCGGCUGACGGUGGCUUCUAUGAAUGCAUCGACGAGGACCAGUUUAGCAGCGUGACAAACGAUAUGUCCGAAUUCACGGAGGCAGAGGCGGCAGCGCGCCACCAAGCGUCCAACACGGCAACGCUACCUUCCAAACAAUCGCUGUCUCUGAAGGUUGUCGAGCCCAUACCAUUCGAGACCGGCCCAGAGAGUCCCAUCAGCUACGUCAUCGAGUCUGUAGAUUUGCCCGCUAAAGGGGUGGAUGACUCACCCUGCAAGACACCGCCCACUGUGCCGUUCUUAGAGCCGAAGUAUUUCACGUUGGAGCCGGACGGACAGUACCACGAGCGGUGCUGUGACGGAGACGUGCACGCGGUGGCCAACAACGAACACAAAGCUAGCAUGGAGUUGAGUGAAGACGAAGACAUCAUGUGCUUGUCACCUGACGAUGUGGACGGCCGUCGUGCCCAACUGAAUGACCCCGUGUCACCUAACGCAUCAUACUGCGAACCACCAAUGAGUGACGAUGACCCCUUGACCCCUACACAGAAUGGUACCCUGUCGAGCAGUACGUACGGUGGAUACAUACCUCCUAUUCCUUCCCUCGGACGGAGUGCCGCGGUACCAGAUAGAGGCGGCAGACGAACUGAAAUCAUUACCGAAAUCUAGACGAGUCACACCAGACCAUUUUUUUAUAUUGGAUGUAAAUUUCUUGUACAUAAUUCUUGCACAAAGUGUUAUUUUGCCAAUCUAUUUAUAACAAAGAGGGACAAUUCGCGUGGAUUUACCAAAAGCUUUGGCGGUUUGGGUCACAUUAUAUCAAAUAACCAAAAUGCACAUAGGCCUAUAGCGUGAACUCUACCAAGUCGACCCAUCAAGCUCGAUCGACCUACCCUUGGUUCAGCUUCUCGGAACUCUUAAUGAUGCCAAAGGCCUUUAAUUUACAAAUUGUAUCAGUUUUAAAUAUUAUUUUUAUAUCCAGUCCACAAACCUUAGAAUGCAAUUUAUUGAAUGUUUAUGUGGUGACAUCUUUUGGUUUUUUCCGUAAUCUGCCUCUAGCAGAAGCGCUCCCUCAUCGGUUGGAAAAGGCCGCGUUGGUCGGGAGUAUCCAUUUCGUUGGUAUAGCGAUGCAACAGUGACCCGUGCAUUUCCUACUCGUUCGUGAACCAGCAAAGUUCAGAUCCGAUCCAAUGGAGCAUUCGUUGCUAAGAAAAUAGCGCCCUCUCUCUUGGUCCAGCUCGAGGCCCAUACGGUAGUUGCCAGCGUCAAAUUAAAUCGUCAUGGUGAAUGUUAAAAUAUCCAACCAAGACGCGUUAACAGGCAGUUCCGAAUAGUCCACAAAAUACAUUCGUUUUCGGCUUGUUUUUUUUUCGGUUUUUCAAAGCUUAAGAUGGUGACCUAAACUUAGAGUGAAAGGUCACAAUAUCAAAUGUGUCGAAAUGUUGUCGUAGUCCCGUGAACUUCCUCCCAAACCCUGCCUGGAUGUUCUGAACACGCCUCCCUUUUGUUAUUACUAUGCAAUAUGCACACGACUAAUAAGACGAUACACAUUGCCAAGUACUUUCAUUGGACUAUCCUUUGUGAUUUAUACCUCAAAUAUAAAGGUUAGUAUGAUGUGUACUGAGAUUAGAUCAUAGGGCUGUGUAGCUCUGUGGAUUAGAUCAAUAGCUGCCUUGAUAUUUGUAUUCCUUUUUAUAUAUAGGCCUAUUCAGUUAUGCUUCUUUUUCUCAAAGCUUUAUACACUGUAUAUUGCGUUUGCCUUCUGCGAGAGUUCCCAUUUGAGAUCGUAGAUUUUGUUAUCGUUCUGUGUUUUUUACGAAAUCUACAAUGAGCCAGCGAUAGUGGGAAUAAAUAUUGUCUUGGGCUUGCAAACUGGUCAAGGUUUACAAAGCUCAGUUUGUUGUUGAUGUUUUGGCCAAGGCCGCAUCUUGGAAAAAGAGGAAAACGUGGACUGGUUAAAUGUUCAAAUUAACGUCCACAGAAGUGGAAAAGUUAAAAACAAGAGGCUUUAUUUCCAGUUUGUGUCCAUGUAUGGACAAAAUUUAGUAGUCUUUGUUUUCGCCUUGUAUUGUAGAGGCUAAUAAUAUUCAACGAAAUUAGUUACUAUAUUAAAAGAUGGACCAUUUAUGGAAGAAUGAACGACCAAAAUGUUUUUAAGGAGUCAGCUUUUGCAAGGAAACAAUGAGCAUACCAAAUGGACACAGCUUGAGAAAUAGGUUCCAAAUCCUAAACCGUAAGAUGGAUAAUGUUUAUGCUUCAAAUGAUGUACACAGUUCAAAAUGGAUAUGAUAAUCAGUCUUUAAUUCUAUUGAUAUUUUCGAAAUGUUUAGACCGACUAGAUCUGUACAACAUUGUUAGUAUUUUCAUGACAGUACAAUUAAAGUAGGCCUGAAAUGAUGACUACCGCCCUUACUGCAAGUCAGUUCUAAGAUACUGUGGUCAGUAUUAUAUGGUCAGUACCUGCAUGACCACUACAAUGUAUUUGAUGAACAUUUGUGUAGACUAAUAUGUGGUAUGCGUCAUUUAAGAUGUGACGUUUUUUGUAUCUUGAUGUGUAAAUCAUUGUUCAAUUUCUCACCCCUCAAAUAGUCUUUGAAUAUGUUGUUAAACUUCAGGAAUGAGAUUUGCUAUUCCACACAUGUUUCAAUUAGAAAAAUGUGUAGUUUACCCUUGGAACAGGUUGAAGCUGGUUUUUGCUGAUCAAAUCAGCUGGAGGCCUGCAUGUUUAUUUUGUGGAGUCUUUCUUCCUAGUUGGUGCGCUGUCAAAUGUUCUUUAAGGUAACGCGGUACUUAUACUCGACGACCAGCCACCCGGCCCUCUCUACUCAUAGAACCGACAUAAAACUUAGCAGGCUACCGUACCCAAUUUUUCACGUUACUCUUUUAUCUCCAGGGAGGUGAGGCGAUUUCAGGAUUGACCAUAAGCCUCCUAAUCAGGCAUAAUAUUACUCCGUGUAUCAGUACGUAACGUGCUUAUAUAUUUUCUAAUUCAGCUUUGAAUUGUAGGAAUAUUAAGCGGAGGUUUGGCGGCAGAAGUAACACCUUAUUUGAAAAGAUUUGUUUUACUUCAAAAGUGCAUACACCCGUAUGACUUUUAAAGUAAAUCAUGUUGUUCGUUAUAAAAUAUAGUGCGUCUGUUAUUUUUAAUUUCAUGCAUUCGGCGAGAUCCAAAGGCCAUGGAAUUGGCACACCUUGAAUGGUAUGAAUUUUGGUGUAAUUUUAGUAUGAGCACUAUUGGCUGAACUGAUUUUUGUAAUUUUUUAGAUUGGCUUUAUAAAUUUAUGUGUAAAGAAAAUUAUUAUUCCUUGUUAUAUUAAUUUGACGUUCAAUAACAUUGCGUAUAAAUGUACUGUAACGAACAGAGUUAAGGCGAGGGACGACUGAACAAAUAAUGAAUAAUAAAGAAAAAUUGAAGAAAUGACAUUUA